AUGGAGGGAAUACAGAAUCCUGUUAUACCACGCAGCGUCGAAGAUGUGUUUGGCGACUUUAGAGGUCGAAGAGCUGGUCUCCUCAAGGCUCUCUCUACAGAUGUAAGGAAGUUUUACCAUGAGUGUGACCCUGACAAGGAAAACUUGUGUCUUUAUGGACUUCCAAAUGAGACAUGGGAAGUGAAUCUUCCUGUCGACGAGGUCCCUCCUGAGCUUCCUGAACCAGCUCUAGGCAUUAACUUUGCAAGGGACGGGAUGCCUGAAAAAGAUUGGAUAUCUUUGGUUGCUGUUCACAGUGACUCAUGGCUCAUCUCUGUUGCCUUCUACUUUGGCGCACGUUUCGGAUUUGGGAAGACUGAGAGGAAGAGACUCUUCCAGAUGAUAAAUGAUUGCCCUACCAUCUUCGAGGUUAUAAAUGGCAAUGCAAAGCAAUACAAGGAUCAAUCUGCUAACCAAAACAGUAGCAGAACCAAGUCUAGUGGUGUCAAGCCUCGACAAUCUGAAUCUCAGACUAAGGCGUCAAAGAUGUCGCCACCACCAGGAGAAGAUGAUGAGAGUGGAGCUGAUGAGGAAGAUGAUGAACAAGGUGCGGUUUGUGGUGUGUGUGGAGACAACCAUGAUGAUUUCUGGAUAUGUUGCGAUGCUUGUGAGAAAUGGUUCCAUGGAAAAUGCGUGAAGAUCACACCUGCAAAGGCUGAGCACAUCAAACAUUACAAAUGCCCUAGUUGCACUACUAACAAGAAAAUCAGAGCUUGAGAGCUGAUGAUAGUUAUUGAACAAAUAGACAGAACCAAGAAGGCUUUUGAUUGUGUAAUCUUAAAUGGGAUUGAGACAGCUUUACAGUUAGUAAUCUCUUUUUUUUUUUUUUUGCUGUUAAUGUCCAAAUACUAAUUUGUCUUAUGUUUCUGAG